CCCAGCGUCGUUGGCUGUGGCUGUUUGUUGCAGGUAUCUGAGGCUAGUGUGUGUGGUGAGAGGCUGUUCUGGUGACGGCAAUGCCGGUGAGAGGAGGGAGAGGAGAAGUCGGUCCUCGCGCAAUCCGCGGGAGGGAGGAGAGAAGAGAGAACGGAGAUCAAGCUCUUGUCGCAAACGCCGUGAGAGAGGCCAAGACACAGCAACAGCCAAGUACACAGCGACAGUCGAAGAGAAGAUGAGCUGCUGGUCGAGCGUCUUGGCGGUCCUUGUCCCAUGCAUGAUCACCAUCCGCCUCACGCGGAUGUACUUCGGCAUAGCCGGGCUCCCAUCGGUGAGCUUCACCUUCACCACCAAGCGAGGCCUGCUCACACAAGCGCACUAAGUCGACAUGGUGUGUGUCUUCAUGAUGUGCAGGCCACAUGUAGUGGCGCGGGCUGUGCGUUUGACCCUGAGCAGUCGCCGCUCGGCCCUUUCGACCCAGCCGGGCCGUCGUGGGAGAUCGGCAUAUACGUCUUCGCCCUUUUUCUGGCGCUGUCAGCAAUCCUCCGGCGCUGUGUAAGUGGCCAAACCGGGCACACAUACUCGCAUCAACGACACACACAUGGGCUGCCCUGCCUGUCUGUCUGUGUGCUACGUUUUCUUGUUUGUUCAGGAUGACCAUGAGACGCGGCAGCUGUCCCAUAUCCCCAUGCGCCCGUCCUUGCUUCAUCGCCACCUGGAGCCAUUGCCAGAGGUUCCUUAUAUCCAAGCGCCGUCUGCCCCGCCGCCCGCAUACGGUGUCUGGCGGGUCCAGAGCCCUUCUGGUGCUCGCCCGGUUCCCUCCGCCCCGGCUCUCGAGAUGCUGCCUGUGUGAAGGAAUGGACACGUGAUCGAACCGCACGCAGCAGUCGUCUCGAGGCUGAAGGUGCAGGAGCUACGAACGGCACAUGCCCGCGUUGGGGAGGGGAGGGAAGGGGGGAGAGGGCGGGUCGGUUUUCGGGUGUGCGUGAGCCCCAACGACCCAGCCAUCCAUCCCUCUCCGCGCCUGCCUGCAGAAGAGAUAGAGUGGUGUAGUCGCCGCAGGCAGCUGUUUGUGGACACAAGAGUGAGUGUACAUAGCCAGACGGACGGACAUGUCCAUAAAAACAUACUUACGUCCUUACGUCUGUCUAUCUGUCUAUCUGUCUUUGCUACUGCUGCAUGGUGUGCAGCGAGUGCAUCGACCGACGUGUGCAUGUGGUGUCAGUGUCGUUUUGGGGGGUGGGUGGUGUGGUGUGGUGUGUGGUGUGGUGUGGUGUUUGUGUCAAGGCAACCCUUGCUAGGACGGACGGACGGAUGACUUUGUGCAUUCGUGUGAAAGAUGACCGAACCAGUUGCACGAUGUCCUGUGUGCGACGUCAUGAAGCAAUGAAUCAAGCAAUGCCA